GACGUCAUUCGAGAGGGCGAAGAAAUGGGUUCAGGAACUGCAGGCGCAAGGUAUGGAAUAGCUGACUUUGGUAACCCUAAUAUGGUGAUGGCUCUUGCUGGAAACAAAGCUGAUUUAUUAGAUGCAAGGAAGGUGUCUGCAGAGGAGGCAGAGAUAUAUGCUCAAGAGAACAGCCUUUUCUUCAUGGAAACCUCUGCGAAAACCGCAACAAAUGUCAAAGACAUAUUCUACGAAAUUGCGAAAAGGCUACCACGUGUACAGCCAGCAGAAAACCCGACAGGAAUGGUUCUCCCAAACGGGCCAGGGGCUACGGCAACGUCAUUCGAGAGGGCGAAGAAAUGGGUUCAGGAACUGCAGGCGCAAGGUAACCCUAAUAUGGUGAUGGCUCUUGCUGGAAACAAAGCUGAUUUAUUAGAUGCAAGGAAGGUGUCUGCAGAGGAGGCAGAGAUAUAUGCUCAAGAGAACAGCCUUUUCUUCAUGGAAACCUCUGCGAAAACCGCAACAAAUGUCAAAGACAUAUUCUACGAAAUUGCGAAAAGGCUACCACGUGUACAGCCAGCAGAAAACCCGACAGGAAUGGUUCUCCCAAACGGGCCAGGGGCUACGGCAGUGAGUUCAUCGUGUUGUGCUUAGUUUCGUACCUUAAGAGAGAUCUCUUUUGGUUGGUCGCGUAGUAGAGAACAUCGAGACUUCAUGUGUUUGCAUCUUCUUCAUCUUUGUUACUUUGCUUGCAUUGACAUCAACAACAGUGUAUAUCAUGAUAAUACUUCUGCCUUUGUGGAAUAUGAUGAUAUUUGUAUUUGGAGAGGUUUGUUUAACAACAGAGAUGGAAAUCGUGAAAGGCAAUUGGGAUCUACUUAUUGGUUGCUGAAGCAAAAAAUAUGCUUUGAUAAC